CCGAGUGUGGGCGUGUCCCGGGGCGGACAGUGAGGGUUGCCAGUCAACAUGGCGGCGCACAGGAGCUUUCCCGUGAGGCACAGAGCGUGAUUCCCGGUGUGAGGAGCGGGCGCCCCCCGGAGGCUGCAGCAUGGAGACGGAGGAGGAGCAGCACAUGACUACGCUGCUCUGUAUGGGCUUCUCGGACCCGGGCGCCAUCCGGAAGGCCCUGCGCCUGGCCAAGAACGACAUCAAUGAGGCGGUGGCUCUGCUGACUAACGAGCGGCCCGGACUGGACUACGGCUACGAACCCAUGGACAGCGGCUCCCGGGGCGACGGCAGCGGCGGCAGGAGUACAGGCUUCGACCCGCCCCCCGCCUACCAUGAGGUGGUGGAGCCCGAGAAGAACGAUGAGAAUGGAAACUGCUCCGGAGAAAGCAUCGAGUUCCCAACCACCAACCUGUAUGAACUGGAGAGCCGGGUGCUGACCGACCACUGGUCUAUCCCCUACAAGAGAGAGGAGUCCCUGGGAAAGUGCUUGAUAGCGUCUACUUACCUGGCAAAGCUCGGUCUGUCAGAUUCUGAUGAAAACUGCAAAAGGUUCAUGGAGAGAUGUAUGCCGGAGGCUUUUAAAAAGCUUCUAACAUCCAGCGCUGUCCACAAAUGGGGCACUGAGAUCCACGAGGGCAUCUAUAACAUGCUGAUGCUGCUGGUAGAUCUGGUGGCAGAACGCAUCAAGCAGGAACCUAUCCCCACCGGGCUCCUGGGCGUCCUCACCAUGGCCUUUAACCCCGACAAUGAAUAUCAUUUCAAGAAUCGGAUGAAGAUGUCUCAGAAGAACUGGGCUGACGUCUUUGGGGAAGGAAACACUUACGCGGUGUCACCGGCCAGCAGCCUGCAGAAGGAACCGCACGGCUGGCUGGUGGACCUGGUGAACAGGUUUGGAGAACUUGGAGGCUUAACAGCAAUCCAGACAAAGCUGAACUCUGAAGAAAUAGAACUUGCGGAAGUGUCGGCAUUGGUUCAACCUCUUGGCGUUUGUGCAGAAUACCUCAACUCCUCUACUGUACAGCCAAUGCUUGAUCGAGUGAUACACAAGAUGAUAAAGUACGUGCAGAAUGUGGAAGAGAAGGAUCUGAAGGACAAGAGGCUGGUCAGUAUCCCCGAACUCCUCUCCGCCAUUAAAUUACUGUGUAUGCGAUUCCAGCCGGACCUGGUAAAUGUGGUGGACGACCUCAGGCUGGACAUCUUACUGCGAAUGCUCAAAUCUCCUCACUUCAGCGCAAAAAUGAAUUCUCUCAAAGAAGUAACCAAAUUGAUUGAAGACAGCACUUUAUCUAAAUCUGUGAAGAAUGCCAUAGAUACUGACCGGCUACUGGACUGGCUUGUAGAAAAUUCUGUCCUUUCGAUAGCACUGGAAGGUAAUAUAGACCAAGCACAGUACUGUGACCGGAUAAAGGGAAUCAUUGAACUGCUCGGCAGUAAAUUGUCCUUGGACGAACUUUCCAAAAUCUGGAAGAUACAGUCAGGACAGUCCUCCACUGUGAUAGAAAACAUCCACACCAUUAUUGCUGCUGCAGCUGUAAAGUUCAGCCCUGACCAGCUCAACCAUCUUUUUGUGCUUAUUCAGAAGAGCUGGGAGAUAGAAUCUGACCGGGUUCGGCAGAAAUUAUUGAGCCUCAUAGGCCGUAUCGGAAGAGAGUCCCGCAAUGAGACCACGACCGGGAAGGUCCUAGAAGUCCUAUGGGAUCUCGCCCAUCUGCCCACUCUGCCAUCUAACUUAAUCCAACAAGCCUUAGAGGAGCACCUGACAAUCCUUAGUGAUGCCUAUGCAGUCAAAGAGACCGUCAAGAAGAGCUACAUUAUAAAGUGCAUAGAGGACAUUAAGAAGUCAUCUCAGCACAACAACCCACAUGUAGUAUGGGUGGUGCCCGCCUUACGUCAGCUCCACGAGAUCACACGGUCAUUUAACAAGCAAACCUAUCAAAAGCAAGACAAGAGCAUCAUCCAGGACCUGAAGAAGAAUUUUGAAAUAGUCAAAUUGGUGACAGCAAGUUUGGUGGCAUGUCAUCGGUUGGCGGUAUCCUCUGUCGGUCCUGGUGGUCUGGCUGGAUCGUCUAUGGUUGACGGCAGAUACACUUACCGGGAGUAUUUGGAGGCACAUCUGAAAUUCCUGGCAUUCUUCCUCCAAGAAGCCACCCUGUACCUCGGCUGGAGUCGUGCCAAAGAGAUCUGGGAAUGUCUGGUGACGGGACACGACGUCUGCGAACUGGACCGGGAAAUGUGUUUUGAGUGGUUUACUAAGGGGCAGCACGACCUCGAGAGCGAUGUCCAGCAGCAGCUAUUUAAGGAGAAAAUCCUGAAGUUGGAGUCUUAUGAAAUCACAAUGAAUGGUUUUAAUUUGUUUAAGACUUUCUUCGAGAACGUCAAUCUCUGCGACCACCGGUUGAAGCGUCAGGGCACACAGCUGCACGUUGAGAAACUGGAAUUGAUCGGCAUGGAUUUUAUUUGGAAAGUUGCCGUGGAAUCUCCAGAUGAAGAGAUCGCGAAUGAAGCCAUCCAGCUGAUCAUCAACUACAGCUACAUUAACCUCAACCCCAGGCUGAAAAAAGUGCGGGAUUCUGUUUCUUUGCACAAGAAAUUCAUUGCCGAUUGCUACACCAGGUUAGAGGCUGCAAGUUCGGCACUCGGAGGUCCCACUCUAACCCAUGCAGUCACCAGAGCUACAAAAAUGCUGACUGCCACCGCGAUGCCAUCAGUGGCCACCUCUGUACAGUCCCCAUACAGGUCAACCAAACUGGUCAUAAUUGAGAGGCUUCUAUUGCUGGCAGAGCGCUACGUGAUCACUAUAGAGGAUUUGUACUCUGUUCCCAGAACAAUUCUACCUCACGGGGCUUCUUUCCAUGGUCAUCUGUUAACGCUGAACCUUACAUACGAGUCAACCAAAGAUACAUUCACCAUAGAGGCCCACAGCAACGAGACGAUUGGAAGCAUCCGAUGGAAGAUAGCCCGGCAUCUGAACUGUCCUAUAGAAAACAUGCAGAUAUUUGCAAACGAAAGUCUGUUGACAGUGAAUAAAGACCAGAAGCUUCUCCAUCAGUUGGGGUUCUCGGAGGACCAGUCACUCACCGUGAAGACGACGGGAAGUGGUACCCCAUCCGCCAGCUCCGCCGAAACCUCCGCCUCCAGCAGCAGCGGCGCAGGCUUCAACUCUUCUUAUGCAAUGGAACAGGAAAAGUCCCUUCCGGGAGUGGUGAUGGCGUUAGUGUGCAAUGUCUUUGAUAUGCUCUAUCAACUAGCAAACCUAGAGGAGCCCAGAAUAACCCUGCGAGUACGGAAACUUCUGCUGCUGAUCCCUACAGACCCGGCGGUGCAGGAGGCUUUGGAUCAGCUCGACUCUCUGGGCAGGAAGAAGACGCUUCUGUCAGAAUCGCAGCCCUCAAAAUCCCCAUCUCUGUCGUCUAAACAUCAUCACCAGCCCAGCGCCAGCUCCAUCCUAGAAAGCCUCUUCAGAUCGUCUGCCCCCGGCAUGUCCACCUUCCGUGUGCUCUACAAUCUAGAGGUUCUCAGCUCCAAAUUGAUGCCAACGGCUGACGAUGAGAUGGCGAGAAACUGCGCCAAGUCCUUCUGUGAAAACUUCCUGAAAGCUGGCGGCUUAAGUCUGGUAGUAAAUGUCAUGCAGAGAGAUUCAAUCCCUUCUGAAGUGGAUUAUGAGACGCGACAAGGUGUCUACUCCAUUUGUCUGCAGCUCGCCAGGUUUUUGCUGGUUGGACAGACGAUGCCAGCCACCUUAGAUGAAGACCUGGCAAAGGACGGUGUAGAGGGGCUGUCAUCAAGGCCCUUCCGGAACGCAAGCAGACAGUCUAGUCGACAGAUGUCCCUUUGCGGAACACCAGAAAAAUCCUCCUAUCGGCAGCUGUCUGUGUCCGACCGAUCAUCCAUCAGAGUGGAGGAGAUCAUUCCUGCUGCUCGAGUUGCUAUUCAGACCAUGGAGGUCAAUGAUUUCACGCUCACUGUGGCUUGUUUCAUGCGGCUGUCUUGGGCUGCAGCUGCCGGGAGAUUGGACCUUGUCGGCAGCAACCAACCUAUCAAAGAAAGUAACAAUACUCUGUUUCCUGCCGGGCUACGGGGCCGACUGAGCAGCUCAGGAAGUAACUGCAGCUCCGGAAGUGAAGGAGAAGCCACAUCCCUACACGCCUGGAUCUGUGUCCGCCAGCAGUCCGUGUCCACCAAAGAUGCCAUUAUUGCUGGAGAGGCCUUGUCUCUGCUGGUCACGUGUCUUCAGCUCCGCAGCCAGCAGUUGGGAUCCUUCUACAAUCUGCCUUCAGUCACCGACUUCACGAUCGAUAUUCUCCUGGGAUCUCCCAGCGCAGAGAUCAGACGUGUUGCCUGUGACCAGCUGUACACCCUGAGUCAGACGGACACCUCCGCAUACCCUGAGGUCCAGAAACCCAACCUGUUCCUGUUGAACGUCAUCCUGUCUGCACAGCUGCCGCUCUGGUCACCAACUAGCAUCAUGAGAGGCAUCAAUCAGAGGUUGUUGGCCCAGUGCACGGAGUAUUUCGAUCUAAGGUGUCAGCUCCUCGAUGACCUGACAACCUCUGAGAUGGAGCAGCUAAGCAUCAGUCCUGCCACCAUGUUGGAAGACGAGAUCAUGUGGUUGGAUAACUUUGAGCCAAACCGGAUGGCAGAGUGUGAGACCAGCGAGGUGGACAACGUGUGGCUGGCCGGUCACCUCAGGCUCAUCAAGACGCUGCUCUCACUGUGUGGGGGCGAAAAGGAAAUCCUUGGUCCUAACCUUAUUAAACAGCUGCUGGAUGAUUUCCUGUUCCGUGCCUCAAGAAUCAUAUUAAAUAGCAACUCUCCAGCGGGAAGUGGAGCAUUGAGCCAGCAAGACUUCCACCCCAAGUGCAGCUCGGUGAGCAGUCGUCUUGCAGCCUAUGAGGUUCUGGUGAUGCUGGCAGAAAGUUCUCUGGCCAAUCUACAACUCAUCACCAAUGAGCUGCUGUCUAUGCACCAUCAGCCUGACCACGCUCUCUCCAAGGAGUUCGAUUUUCUUCCUCCGGUUGACAGCCGGUCCAACUCAGGGUUCGUGGGUCUUAAGAACGGAGGAGCCACCUGUUACAUGAACGCCGUCUUUCAGCAGCUGUAUAUGCAGCCAGGUCUCCCUGAGGCCCUACUCUCCAUGGAGGAUGAAACUGAUAAUCCAGACGACAGCGUCUUCUACCAGGUCCAGUCUCUGUUUGGCCACCUGAUGGAAAGUAAACUGCAGUACUAUGUGCCGGAGAACUUCUGGAAGAUCUUCAAGAUGUGGAACAAAGAGUUGUACGUCCGAGAGCAGCAGGAUGCCUAUGAAUUCUUCACAAGCCUCAUAGAUCAGAUGGAUGAAUAUCUAAAGAAAAUGGGGCGUGAUCAGCUUUUUAAGAACACCUUUCAAGGGAUCUACUCUGACCAGAAGAUCUGUAAGGAUUGUCCUCACAGAUACGAGCGAGAGGAAGCAUUUAUGGCCCUUAAUUUAGGGGUGACUUCCUGCCAGAGCCUUGAGAUUUCCCUGGAUCAGUUUGUGAGGGGAGAGGUGCUGGAGGGGAGUAAUGCAUAUUACUGUGAGAAGUGCAAGGAAAAGAGAACGACGGUGAAGAGAACGUGCAUCAAAUCUCUGCCCAGCGUCCUGGUCAUUCAUCUCAUGAGGUUUGGAUUUGACUGGGAAAGUGGACGCUCCAUUAAAUACGAUGAGCAGAUCAAGUUCCCUUGGAUGCUGAAUAUGGAGCCGUACACAGUAUCCGGCAUGGCCCGUCAGGACUCCUCCUCAGAGGUGGGAGACAAUGGGAGGCAUCCAGACCCCAGCGGAGGGUCCCCAAGGAAGAAAGUGGCCCCGACUGAAAACUACGAGCUGGUUGGUGUGAUUGUGCACAGCGGUCAGGCUCACGCCGGUCACUAUUACUCCUUCAUUAAAGAUCGCAGGACCUGUGGCAGAAGCAAAUGGUAUAAGUUCAAUGACACGGUGGUGGAGGAGUUCGAUCUGAACGAUGAGACCAUAGAGUAUGAAUGCUUCGGGGGAGAGUACAGACCUAAAGUCUACGAUCAGUCCAACCCAUACCCAGAUGUGCGACGGCGCUACUGGAACGCCUACAUGCUUUUCUACCAACGCGUGUCUGACCAGAACUCUCCAGUUUUACCAAAGAAGAGCAGAGUUAGUGUUGUGCGCCAGGAGGCUGAAGAUCUCACCCUGUCUGCACCAUCAUCUCCCGACAUCUCGCCCCAGUCCUCUCCCCGGCCUCAUCGGACCAAUGACCGUCUCUCUAUACUGACCAAGCUGGUGAGGAAGGGGGAGAAGAAAGGUCUGUUUGUGGAGAAGAUGCCUCUUAGGAUAUACCAGAUGGUUAGAGAUGAAAAUCUCAAAUUCAUGAAGAAUCGGGACGUUUACAACACGGACUAUUUCACUUUCGUGCUCUCCCUGGCUUCAGUGAACGCAACAAAGCUCAAGCAUCCAAACUACCCCUCAAUGGCCAAAGUCAGUGCCCAGCUGGCCAUCCAAUUCCUCUUUCACACCUAUCUGCGGACAAAAAGGAAACUCAGGGUGGACACCGAGGAAUGGAUCGCCACCAUAGACGCCUUGGUUUCUAAGAGCUGCGAAGCCUGCCAGUGGCUGGUGGAAUAUUUUGUUGGAUCAGAAGGCAGAGAACUCAUCAGGGUCUUUCUCCUAGAGUGCAGUGUCCGAGAGGUCAGAUGUGCUGUGGCCACUGUUCUGGAGAAGACACUAGAUGGCGCUUUACUUCACAGAGACAAGGUUAAUGGAGUUCACCUACUGAUAGAGAUGCUGCUCAAUCUGCUGGACAAAGAUGUCCCCGAAAACUGCAAGAACUGCGCUCAGUACUUCUUCCUCUUCAACAACUUUGUACAGAAGCAAGGAGUACGAGCCGUCGAUCUCCUAUUGAAGUACUCCGCCUUGAGACAUUUCAUCAACUUCCUUCUCGGCCCCAAUCGGAAAAACAACCAGAAUCGGCGGUGGAGCCCGGCACAGGCUCGUGAGUUCGGAUUCUUACACAAUACGAUAGCGCUGCUGGUUCUACAUUCUGACGUUUCUACCCAUCUGACCAUAGCUCCGGUGAAGCCUCUGGUCAGCACACACGGUCCUCUGUUGCCGCUCCAUUCAGAGGUGGAAGCAUUGAUGUUUAUGCCGGAGGGGAAGCCUUACUUGCUGGAGGUGAUGUUUGCGAUGCGGGAGCUGCCCGGGUCCCUCUCCGUUCUCAUAGAGAUGGUGGCAUACUGCUGCUUCUGUAAUGAGAGAUUCUCCCUCACCGCUCUGAACUUCAUUAAGAAUCAGCUGGAAUCUGCUCCUCCUCAUGAGCUGAAGAACAUGUUCACCCUCCUACAUGAGAUCCUGGUAAUUGAAGAUCCCAUCCAGCUGCAGAGGCUGAAGUUUGCUUUCGAGUCGGACGGGUUGCUGGCAUUGAUGCAUCACAGCAAUCACAUUGACAGCAGCCGCUGCUACCAGUGCGUGAAGUUCCUCGUAACUCUGGCCCAGAAGGGCGCUGCUGCUAAGGAAUAUUUCAAAGAAAACUCUCAGCACUGGAGCUGGGCCGUGCAAUGGUUACAGAAGAAGAUGUCGGAGCACUGCUGGGCGCCACAGAGCAACGUGUCCAACGAGACGUCAACCGCCAAGACCUUCCAGCGGACGAUCUCUGCGCAGGAUACCUUAGCCUACGCCACCGCCCUGCUGAAUGAGAAGGACCAGUCUGGGAGCAGCAACGGCUCGGAGAGCAGCCCGGCCAAUGAGAACGGAGACAGGAGCAUGCAGCAGGUGCGGAGCUUUGCGAUUGGAUAAUUGGGAGCCCGGACUCCCCAAUGAUCCUUGGAGAUUCAAAAAGUGACCUUGAAGACGUAGAUCCUUGAAUCCAGGUACAAGAGACGAGGAGAUUCUCGCCACGCUGUGAAAACAAACGCACUUUGAAGACAUUUUCCUCCGGGGCCCGCGGCUCAAUGACUGGAGGGGGGGGGGGGAGGGGGUCCCUCUCAAAGUCUCCCGGACAUUCGCAACAACAAAGCUCCUUCCCCCUCCACCGCCAAGGUCAUUUCUAAAAAAAAAAAACAACAAAAAAAACGGUCGCAACAAGGAGAACUUUAAUCUUAUUGCUGCAAAAACAACGGAUACAAAGUAUUUUUUUUUUCCUCUUCAGAAUUUUAUGAAAUGAAACAAACAAAACCGGCAAGUGGCUGAAUUUAGAAUAAUUUUUUUUUUUUUCGUGAGCAUUAAAGGAGUGAAUGUACAAUCGUUGCUUUUUUUUCUGUAAUGCUGCGGAAUUUUUAUUUUUUUUUGUUACUUUUUUUUUUUUUUUUUUCGUUUUAUACAAAGUGUAACAACAUCAUCCUGGAGCUGCAUCCGGCAACUUUUUAAAACUUUCGAUAUUAGGAAUAUUAAAAUGAUGUACAAAUACGUGUAAGAGACUAAAAACUUGUACAAAAUUUAGUUUGGAAUCAAUCUUUUAAAAGACGAGAGAUAAAGAAAAAAAAAAAAAAAGACAAAAUCGACACUUUGUAUUUAAUGUCUCCUAUAAUUUAUAUAGUGCCAUAGGAAUCAACGCACGACGAUUUGAUUCAUGUUACAGAUUUACAAUGUUUUUAAUGCAUGUUUUCCAAACAGUGUGUCUCCAGC